GAUAUCGCCAAGUGCGUUCAGCUGAAGGCUAAAUACGCUAAUGAGCGUUCUUACCGAAUCAUCAUGAAGUGAAUAUCCACGAUGCUCCGUUCAUCUUUUUGAUAGUCAUACGGACGUGGAUUCCCCCGAACCUCUGGAAGAUUGGCGAAGCCGCUAAUUUAUAAAAUAUGUUCAGCUAUUGGAGAUCUUAUGCAAUCGCGAGAACCGAUCCUUACCACAGAGAUGCAAUCCCCUGGUCUUCGGGUUGUGCUAGUCUCUUGGCUUGUCAGCCUAGCCAGGCUGUCGAGGGGUUUUCACAAUGAGUCGCAGUGCCACUUCAAGUCCCAAGCAAGAUGAAGUCGCGAGAGAUCGGAAGAUAAAAGGAGAACGCUGGCCAUGAGCAGCGCUGCGGACGUUUACCCCCUAGAGUAGCUCUCCUGAUCUUCGAUUUAUUAGGCUUUAAGUUCUCGACCAUUAAGCCAGUGUAUCUAUCUGAUACCAAAAGCCACAAUGCAUACUCGUACUCUCGUUUUUCUCAUUGCGCCAGUUGCCCUUGCUGCAACACCACGAGCACGCUCUGGCCUACCAAAGAGCCUAACACAGACCAACCUCUUGAACUCUUUUGCAACUUGCAAAACAGGUUAUAUCACAUGCGAAAAUGGUUGCAUGCCCGCUUCCGGUGUAUGUUGUAACGACAACACCGAUGAGUACUGUCUAGACGGCUACUACUGCGUUCCGGGCGCAUGCUGUCCUGAUGGUAAAAUAUGCAGCGGCUCCAGCAGCGACGAUGACGCCGAUUGUGAUAUUGGCGAGACAGCAUGUGGAAACCUCUGCAUGCCGAUAGAUGGAACUUGCUGUUCUGACGGACUUCAUUAUUGCCCUGACUUUGGUACGUGUACCAGUGAUGGGUAUUGCUGUGACUUAGGCAAGGAUUGCAGUGGGAGCAGCUUCUCGGAUUUCCCCAGUGCUACCGGCUUCACCUCUACCACUAGCCGCACGACAACGAGGACGAGGACGACUACUAGCACCGCGGAGACUACGUCUACCACCAGCAGUAGCCGCACGACAUCGACGAGAUCGACAAGCACGACAAGCACGACAAGCACGACAAGCUCGACUAGCUCAACGACCUCCAACCCUACCACCAACGGCUCGAGCAAUAAUUCACCUGUGACUUCCGCCCCCGCUGUCACCACAACCGUGUCUCAGCAAGCCGGUGGUGUUUUCACGGCGGAUGGUAGGAUCGCUGCUGGCCUUGCUGUGGUUGCCGCAUUACUGGUAUAGAAGAAAAUGAUAGGUUGAGAGAAACCUUAGACGGUGAUCAAGGAGACUUGAAAUUCUUGUAUAUACUUCGUUGAUAUAACGCAUUUGGUGCUGCGAGCAUAUGAGUGGGCAUGAUAAACCUGAGCAUAGAGAGGGUGUCCUAAUUUUGGGGUUAGCAAUCUAUAUACCCAGUAAUCAGAGUUGCUUCCCAUUUCACCUUACCUUC